AUGGCAAAUAGACCCUAUAAAACCAAUCAUCAGUCUCUUAAAGAAUGUUAUAAGCUCACCAUGGCGUUUCUGUGGCUUCUCUCCUGCUCCGCUUUCAUUGGAGUCACUUAUGGUGCAGUCUGCGGAUCUCCAGCCAUCACCCCGGUUGUGUCAGGCUACAGUCGAAUUGUCAGUGGUGAAGAGGCUGUUCCAGGAUCCUGGCCCUGGCAGAUUUCCCUGCAGACUGACUCUGGUCGGCAUUUCUGCGGCGGUUCCUUGAUCAAUGAAAACUGGGUUGUCACCGCUGCACAUUGUGAAGUGAGUACGAACGACUUUGCUAUUGUUGGUGCCCAUGACAAAAGCUCAAAAGCUGAAGCCAGCCAGAAGUCCAUGUCCAUUGCUAAGGUCAUUACACACCCCAAGUGGAACCCAUCCACCAUUAAUUAUGAUCUUUCUGUGGUGAAGCUUGCAACCCCCGUUCAGUUCAACAGUCAUGUGUCGCCAGUCUGUCUCGCCGCUGUAUCUGAUAACUACCCAGAGGGCAUGAUGUGUGUCACAACGGGAUGGGGAAGGACUCGUGCUUACCCUGCUAAACGACCUAACAAACUUCAGCAAGCUGCUCUUCCUCUCCUCUCCAACGUGAACUGCCGGAACUACUGGGGUAGCAGUGUCACCGAUAUCAUGAUCUGCGCUGGGGCAGCUGGUGCCUCAUCUGGCAUGGAUGACUCUGGCGGCCCACUUGUCUGUCAGAAGCACAACGUAUGGAACUUGGUUGGCAUCGUUUCCUGGGGCAGUGGCUAUUGCUCCACCAGCACUCCUGCUGUCUAUGCCCGCGUGACGGAGCUCAGGGACUGGAUCGAUAGCACCAUUGCUGACAACUAA